UGGUUGGUGGCGCGGUGUGGUAGUGUGCCUCCGUCCGCGACGCCGAGCGCCGCGACGCCCGCGCUCACGCCGUAAACAAACCUUAAACAAUCACUUAUCUCGCCGCGAUUAAACGAUACCACUAUCAGACCGCGAUAACUCAGUGUGAUAACUGAUAAGGGCCAGAGUGCUCUACCUUUUUGUGUAUUAUGUAAAACAAGGAUUUUGUGAACCAUGGCAGCGACGACGGGCCGCAAGAGUUACUCCAUUCACGACUACCCAGAGCACUUGAAUCCCUUCCAUGAGGAGGACAACCACAACAAGAUCCGAUUUUGGACCAUCGGCCGAAAGCUCAGCAGGACGAAUAGCAUCAGUUUCUCUGGGAUUAAGGACCUGAAAAAUUCAUGGUCACUCCGCUCGUUUAUGAGAAAGGACAAGAAGAAGCAGUCGCAAGACAGCAAGCUCAACCAGGUGAACGGCGACAGCAGCCCCGUCGUCUACCGCCGCGCGCUGCAAUACACGUCGACGUCGUCAGGGGCGCGCAGCACCGUGGGAUCCCCGGAGCACGCGGACCGCUACAUCUACGGGGGCUCCAUCACGCCGCUGCCGCGCUCGCGGUUCCAGGAGCGCCUGCGCAGCCCUAGCAACUAUGAGGUCAACUCCCUCAGCACGACACCCCGCAUGGCCCGCAGCGAGGUGUCGGGCUCCCGGCUAAGCGUGGAGAGCACGAACCCAUUCGACGAGGCCCCGAUACCGCCCGUGCGCGCUUCCCGACGCAAGAAGAAACGCGCGCCGAUGCCGCCGCAAGGCGCGGCUGAUACCUCCGCAAGCAGCAUAAACACCACAUUGAACAUCAGCGAGGUCGAAGAAAAAGCUCCCAAGAAGGAUCCGGAUUUGGAAGCUGAAGAUGUAAACUUAAACGUCGAACUUAAAAUAGUUGAGGACGAGGAGAUGAAAACCAAAGAUAAGGAAACAGAGAAACCCCCAGAUGUCGUUCAAGAUACAAUUGUAGAAGGUGUAAAAGAUUCCACGACCGAAGCUGUCCUUAAAGAUACAACGAUAGACAUUUCAAAAGAAACUACAUCUACAGAAACAAUCCAAGUUUUAAAUAAUGAUUCAAUCACGGCACCCGUUUUGACUCAUCAGGAUUCCGACGAUGUCGUAGUUAGGGGCGCAGAAAAUGGACUACACGAGACUAAAUUGAGUAACGCGAAUUCGGAAGGCGACAUUCUUGAUAAGGUAUCAUUCCCUAAAGUUGACAUUAACAAAUAUAGAAGAAAUUCCAGCGUCAACGAAGACGAAAUCCGACUCAGAAGAGGUAACUUAGAAGAUUACCAUACUCUCGCAAAUAAGAGAAGCAAGAGUCUCAAUAACACCUCGGACCCAGUCUACGUGGCAUAUGACAUCAACCUUAAUGAAAGCAGAUCUGACAGAGAUCUAAAUGGCAACGAUGAGCCACAAAAAGUAAUUUGUAAGCUCUAUGACGGCGCGGUGAGAAAACAAAGUGUCGAUAAUUCUAUUUCCAGUACUGAAAAAGAAUUUAUAGAAAUCGAUAGAGCUACAAGGGAGCUUGAAAGAGAAAUCAGUAAGUUGAACUCGGCUUUAAUAGACGAUGAAGACAUACUGGGUGCGCCUCGGUUGUCUGUCACUGAUAUAAAGCGCAGAUUUGACAACAAUAAUUCCUCGCCCCCUAAUCCCAUACCAAAGCCCAGAAGAAGUCAUUAUGGGGGUAACUCGCCUGAUCACGUCAUCUAAGGUUAAGAAUAAGUUUUAACAAUGUAAAACGCAGUAGUUACCUGUGGCAGCAAUGCUAGUGGUAUUUUUAUUCCCAGUAGUAAUUGACCAAUAUAAUCCGGGAAUGAGAUUGAUUGAAGAUUAAACGAUACUGGAGGCUGUUAUAAAAAUUCUUGCAACAUGCCUACAUAAUACAAGAGAGGAUCUCUUUCUACACAAAGAAGUUAAAAAGAGACUGCAUUAAUUAGAAAUGUAGUACUUGCGUUUAUAUAACGAUUCCCCAGGAAUUACAUUUAAUGGUGGUAAGCCAAGGAUACACCGGUUGAAGUUGAUAGUAGUAGGGACUAAAUAGGUACUGCUUACUACUGGGAAUAACUCUUAUCUAUACAACUACAUUGGGGAAAGUAGUUAAUAUGUACUUUAUAGACUUGCGGUUAUGAAUUGUCAUAUUUGUUACAUACAUUUUAAAUUUACUUAAUGUAUGUAUAUUCAACUUACACGUUUUAAAUUAUUAGUUUUGGAUCUCACAUAUCAAAAUUCAGAAUGCAGUAGUUUGUACAUAUUUGAUAGAAAGGUGUGAGCUAUGUCAUCAUUAUCAUAAAUAGUGAGAACACUGGCUGAGGUUGGAAGUUUUGCCAUAAAUAACUAUAGUAAUAUAUCAGUGUAGUGUAAGUUUUUCAAUGUGAUAAUUUCAUUUCCUAUAAAUAAUUUUAUUUAUGUUGAUUUAUUAAAAUUAAUAAUGGUAGGCUGGUAAAAACACUUGUUUUAGAUUAAAACGUAAUACAUAUAUCAAAAGCAAACUGUUUUUAAUGUUGCUUGUUGUUUAAUAAAUUAUUAUUUUAAUAGUGGUGA